CAUAGCUGUUCUUCUUUGCUUGCAACUACCGUACCGCACCGUACACACCCUCUCAAUCGCCACUACACAUGACAAUCCCACUCCUCCCACCAUAACGAGAUGCGAGAGCCAAGACGUGGCCUGCUGUCGCUGCUGCUGCUCCUCUGCACGCUGGCCCUGCUGGCGGCGGAGGUGCCAGCAGCAGCAGCAGCCAAGGACAAGCCCGACAUCGACGACUACAACUUCCACGCGAGACCCGUCAACGUCCUGUACUUUGAGGACAGCGAUGUCAUCCUCGCCACCGAUGCCGACGCCCUGACGACCUACCGUUCUGAUAAUGGCGGCAAGUCGUGGGACAAGCUGGACGGCGUGGCCGCUGGCGAGGUCAUGGAAGUGCUGAAGCAUCCUUACGACAAGCAGGUGGCCCUAGUGCUAGGUACGGAAAAGACGCACUGGAUCACGCAUGAUCGCGGGAAACAAUGGCGUUCCUUCACCUCGCCCGUCCAUCCCUCCCUGUCUCGCGCCGGCAUCGCCUUCCACGCCACCGACCCAGACCGCAUGCUGUUCGUUGCCCAGAAGACCAGCGGCUUCUCACGCGAGGACAUUGUCUACUACACCACCGAUGGCUUCAAGACGGACAUGAAGCUGUUGCACAAGGACGUGUUCUCAUGUCUCUGGGCCAAGACAACCGACAUCUUCACGACGAGCGACGAGAAACGUGAUCGUGAUGCCAUACUCUGUAUUGCCCGAGGCCAAUUCGACUUCUUCAAGUCGCACAACCGUAUCAUCAUGUCGACCGACUUCUUCGAGAGCGAGGAGAUUGAGCCGACCAUGAGCGAUGGCAGGACUGUGGAGGGCAUCACAAACCUGGCCGCUGUCAAGAGUUAUAUCGUGUUUGCUGCAAAAAGUGAAAGAACGACCGAAAUGGCCAUGUAUGUCUCUGAUGACACCCAAACCUGGCAUCGCGCCGAAUUUGGUCAGCAUAAGCUGGAAGAGGACGCGUAUACGCUGUUGGAAAGCACAAACUACAGCAUGCAGGUGGAUGUGAUGACAACGGAGCACUCAGACCCCAUGGGUGUUCUCCUGACCUCAAACAGCAACGGGACUUUCUUCACCAAGAACAUUGAACACACCAACCGCAACGAUGAGGGCUUUGUGGACUUCGAAAAGAUGGCCGGCAUACAGGGCAUUGUACUCGUCAACACAGUGGAGAACUGGAAAGAGGUGGAAACAAAGUGGGGAGCACAGAAGGAUGUAAUCUCACAGAUCUCGUUUGACGACGGCAGGACGUGGGAAAAUCUGAAAGCCGAUGGGAAGACACUCCAUCUCUACUCGGUUACUAACCAGAGGAACGUUGGCCGGAUAUUCAGCAGUCCAGCGCCUGGUCUGGUCAUGGGUGUAGGAAACACUGGCAAACGCCUUGAGGACUAUGAGAAAUGCGACACCUAUGUGUCCGACGAUGCUGGCUUGACGUGGCGCAAAGCGCUCGACAAGCCUCACAUAUAUGAAUUCGGCGCGCAAGGUUCCAUCUUGGUCGCUGUAGAAGAUACGGAAACGAAUAAGAUUAAGUGGUCGCUGAAUCACGGCAAAGAUUGGGAAUCAACAGAAGUGGACGAGAAAUUCACACCCUUGGCACUUACGACAACACCCGAUGCGACUUCAUUGAAGUUUCUCAUGAUUGCGACACGCAAGGUCGACUCAAAGACUGAGUACUUCACCUAUGCUCUGGAUUUCAAUGGCCUGCACGAAAGCAAUUGCGGCAGCGGUGACUUUGAGAAAUGGCCCGCUCGGAAGGACAAGGACGGCAAAGCGACCUGCAUCAUGGGCCACAAGCAAUACUUUCAGCGCCGGAAAGCCGAUGCCAAGUGUGUCGUGGAAAACAAGAAUUUUGAGGACCCAGAGGAGACGCGAGAAGACUGUGAGUGCAGCAAACAAGAUUUCGAAUGUGACUACAACUUCAAGCGCGAUGGGGACAAGUGUGUCAGAAAUGGACCAGUAGCUCCUCCUGCUGGAGCUUGCGAAGAAGGAGAGAAGACUUUCAAAGGCACAUCCGGCUAUCGACUGAUUCCUGGAAACACAUGCAAAGGCGGUGUAGAUCUCGCCAAAGAGGUUGAGAGGGAUUGCGAGGAAACAAGUACUCCACCUGCUUCCGGUCAGAUCACUUCGGAAGUCAAGAAGUUCAAGGGGUCGAAAUUCAUUGAAUAUUACUACAUGGAACGUGAGGACAGCAAUCAAGGCCAAGACGAGACCGUGCUCUUGCGAACGAACCGUGGUCAGGUCUGGAAGACUCAUGAUCAUGGUAAGAAGUGGGAGCAGAUACUUGAGAAGGAGGAGAUAUUGGCGAUUUACCCACACCAAUUCUUCAACGAUAUCGUAUACUUCAUUACACCGACGAAGACCGUACAUUACUCGAAAAACUUUGCUCGGUCAUUCAACACCUUCGAAGCUCCCGAAGCCCCAAACCACGAGCAAAUACAGGUGCUGACCUUCCAUCCUUCCAACAAAGACUGGCUGAUCUGGACUGGUGGCCGAGACUGUAAGGGAGAUGACUGCCUGACGAUCGCGCAUGUGUCCAAAAAGGGCGGUGAUGAUUGGGAGUCACUGCUCCGUGGUGUUCGAAAGUGCCAAUUCGUGUAUCGAGAGGACAGGCCAGAGUCAGAGCAACUUGUCUACUGCGAGGUGCAUGCGGACGAGAGCAGAGACAGUCCAGUCAAACUUCUGAGCAGUGAUGACUGGUUCGCACACAAGAAAGAACUCCAAGACGACAUCGUCAGCUUCGCAACCAUGGAAGAAUUCAUCGUGGUUGCUGUCAAGGACCAAAAGGAGGAAAGUCUCCGGAUUGAUGCGAGUAUCGAUGGCUCAACAUUUGCGAACGCCCAGUUCCCAGUGAAUUUGAAUGUCAAGCAUAAAACAGCUUUCACUGUACUGGACUCAAGCACACACGCAGUCUUCCUACAUGUCACCGUGAAUGCUGUCGAAGACCAGCAGUACGGCAGCAUAGUAAAGAGCAACAGCAAUGGCACGUCGUACGUUCUAUCUUCCGCCGAAGUGAACAGAAAUAAUGAGGGGUAUGUGGACUUUGAGAAGAUGCAAGGUCUGGAGGGAGUCGCCGUUAUCAACCGCGUGGCAAAUGCUCGUGAAGUCGAUGGCGGCAGCAGGAAAAAGCUGCAAACAUUCAUCACCCACAACGAUGGUGCAGCAUGGGCUCGACUUGGUCGGCCCGAUGAUCCACCAAAAGAGGUUGGCAAACCUUUCGAAUGCCAAGGCCAAAGCAACCAGAAGUGUAAUUUGCAUCUGCAUGGCUAUACCGAGCGUAAGGAUCCAAGAGACACGUACAGCUCACCGAGCGCAGUAGGGUUGAUGCUUGGUACCGGAAACGUGGGCGAAUUUCUAGGUCCCAAGGAAGACGCACAUACCUUCAUCACUCGUGAUGGCGGCAUCAGGUGGCACAUGGUUGCCGAAGGUAACUGGAUGUGGGAGUACGGAGAUCAGGGCUCCAUCAUCGUGAUCGUCAAAGAAGAUGUGCCGACUGGCGAAGUUCGAUACUCUUUGGAUGAAGGCCAAACUUGGCAAACGUACGACUUUGGCGAGACCAUGGUGGUCAACGACAUCACCACUGUACCCAGCGACACAAGCCGAAACUUCCUACUUUGGGGCAAGAUUGGCGACUCGAUCGCUACCAUCAAUAUUGACUUCAGCGGCAUGAAGGAACGGUCCAAGCAGUGUAAGCUUGAUGAACAGCAUCCCGAAUCCGAUGAUUACAAGCUCUGGUCGCCUUCACAUCCGCUAUCCGAGGACAAUUGCCUGUUUGGCCACGUAGGCCAGUACCAUCGCAAAAUCCUCGAUCACGACUGCUACAACGGAAAGGAGAUCAAACACCUGCACAACAUCGCCAAGAACUGUUCAUGCACACGAAACGACUUCGAAUGUGACUUCAACUACCAAAGCGACAGCAACGGCGCCUGUAUCUUGGUCGAAGGCCUCAGUCCACCCGAUCCGUUGGAAGUGUGCAAGAAGAACCCGGGUCUCUUGGAGUUCAACGACCCCACCGGGUACAGACGGAUACCACUCACCACGUGUGAAGGAGGCAGAGAGUUGGACAAGACAUCAAAUACAUUUGCAUGCCCAGGACAUGAGCAAGACUACCAAAAGAAGCACGGUAUCAGUGGAGCCGGUUUGUUCUUCGCCAUCUUCAUACCCAUCGCCGCAGCCGCUGGAGUCGGCUUCUGGGUGUGGAAGAACUGGGACGGCAAAUUUGGCCGCAUCAGACUCGGCGAUUCUGGAUAUGGUGGCGGCGGUGCGUUUGAUGGAGAUGCUCCUUGGGUCAAGUAUCCCGUGAUGGUCAUUUCCGGCAUCGUGGCCGUGAUAGCCGCUCUACCCAUGGUGGUGGGAAGUUUGUGGAAUACGGUUGCAACGAGGUUCGGGCGCAGUAGCGGAUAUGGGUAUUCGCGACCUUUUACCAGUCGGAGCAGUUUCCAGCGUGGGCGGAGCGAUUAUGCUGUUGUAGAUGACGAUGACGGGGAGUUGCUGGGCGAGGAUAGUGACGAGGAUGUCUAGACGGUUGGUUCUAUCAGGAGGGACGUCCCCGCUUUCCAGAUUGAAUGUGCAUGUGUAGGAUAGAACCUGCCCUCUUCAAUUGGGAGGGGUUGGGGAUUACAUUGUAUGCAUAUAGAUGUUUU